GCGGCCCUCCCCUUCCCUGUCGGCGGCGGCGGCAUGGCGGCUCCCAGGGCCCCCGGGGCUGCGCUCGGAGGCGGGGAAGCCGGUGACGGCGGUCGCGGCGGAGCCGGGGCUGUCAGUAACGAGGGAGGGAAAUCCUUCCGAUGGAGGCCGGUGUCAGCUCCUCUCUUCUCGCUCGCUCUCCCAGAUGGCCGGGACUGCAUCCUGGAGGCGCUGUCUCUGCCCGAGGGCGCGGGGCCCAGCGACACCCCCGAAGGCUCGCCCUCCGUGCCCUGCAUCUUCUGUGAAGAGCACUUCCCCGCAGCGCAGCAGGACCCGCUCCUGAAGCACAUGAUCAUCGAGCACAAGCUCGUCAUAGCCGACGUCAGGCUGGUCGCUGACUUCCGGAGGUACGUCCUGUACUGGAGGAGGCGGUUCAGGGAGCAGCCCAUCACCGACUUCUGCAGCGUGAUCCGCAUCAACUCCACCGCCCCGCUGGAGGAGCAGGACAGCUACUUCCUGCUGUGUGACGUGCUGCCAGAGGACCGGGUGCUGCGGGAGGAGCUGCAGGCGCAGAGGCUGAAAGGAAUCCUGGAGCAGCAGCAGCGGGAGCGGGAUGACAACAGCUUCCAUGGCGUCUGUAUGUUUUGCAAUGAGGAAUUCCUCGGAAACAGGUCGGUGCUUUUGAACCACAUGGCCAGAGAGCACGCCUUCAACAUCGGGCUGCCGGACAACAUCGUGUACUGCGGCGAAUUCCUGAGCACGCUGCAGAGGAAGCUGGACAACCUGCAGUGCCUGUACUGCGAGCGGACCUUCAGGGACAAGAGCCUGCUCAAGGACCACAUGCGCAAGAAGCAGCACCGCAAGAUCAACCCGCGGAACCGCGAGUACGACCGGUUCUACGUCAUCAACUACCUGGAACUUGGGAAAUCGUGGGAAGAGGUUCAGUCGGAGGAUGACCGGGAGCUGCUGGAGCACCAGGAAGAGGACUGGUCGGACUGGGAGGAGCGCCCCGUCUCCGCAGUGUGUCUGUUCUGCGAGGAGCAAGCGGGGACGACGGAGCAGCUGUGCGCCCACAUGGAGGAGGCGCACGGCUUUGACCUCCUCAAGACAAAGGCCGAGCUCGGACUGAAUUUCUAUGAGCAAGUGAAGCUGGUCAACUUCAUCCGCCGGCAGGUUCACCAGGGCCGCUGCUACGGCUGCUGCGCCAGGUUCCCGUCCAGGGCCGACCUGGGGGCCCACCUGGCGGAGGCCAGCCACGCGGGCCUGCUCCCCGACAGGAGGACCUGGGACCAGCCCGAGUACUACUUCCCCACCUACGAGAACGACGGCCUGCUGUGCACGCUGUCCGACAGCGAGGGCGACCUGUCGGCUCCGGGCCAGAGCAGGGGCGCCACCGUCAUCAGCGAGGACACGUCCCAGCUGCAGGCGCUGAGGCAGAGCAGCGUCCUGAACCGGCUGCUGCCUCGGGGCUGGGAGGGCUGAGGGGCAGCCGUCCCUGUCCGGAGACAGACCGAGCCAGACGCACGGAGCCCCAGCCGGCACCGUCCUGCCCAAAGUCAACUGAAAAAUGAGUUUACUUUUUUCAAAAUAAAAUGAGGACUAUUUGUAUUUUUUACUCUGGAGUUUUGUUAUGUAACCAGAGCACCUGGUCUCAUUGCAUUAGACCAAUUGUCUGGUAGGACAUGCACAUCACAAAAGAACAAAAUGUUCGCCCGGCCAUGUGGGUCAGUGGUUGGCCCUCAACCUGUGAACCAGAGUUCACGAUUCCAUUCCCGGUCAGGGCACAUGCCUGGCUUACA